UUCAAUUUGAAAAUUAAUGUUCAGCAUUUACCCACGGCAGCACAUCGUUACUGUAAAUCACUCAGCCGAUAGUGGAACGGGAGUAGGAUUCGAACCCGGGACUCGUGGAGGGGCUCGAAGACAAUGAGGAAAAGCAGUCGGGCUCCCUCGGCUGCUCCGAUUCCACUGAGGGAAUUCAGGGAGCAGGAGGUGACGUCACACUCCACGCGCGCAUCGCGGAGUCGUGCAGGACAAGUCCCGGCUCCGGCGGAGCCUCGCGCGAAACUGGUGUCCUUUCCUCAAAUUCCUGCCCAGUUGCUCGGAGCGCCUCAUGGAAACGGUGUCCCGAGCUGGAGGCAGCAUCAGCCGCCACGGAAGCCGCGCGCCGCGCUUUUCUUCCCGGGACACCGUGGGAAGAAAGUGAGUUUGGAUGCGCGGAGGAUCCAGAGGAGUUCUCCCUUUGUUCGCCGCUUGAGCACGUCAUCGGUGUGUGUUCGCGAUGGACGACUGAAGAUACAAAGCGUGGGGCUUUCGGCCAAGGGUUUGGGGGGGUGUGUGUGUUGGCAGCAGGAUGGCCCCGGUGGCAAACGUGAGCGAUGUGACGAAGGCGGAUUCUCAGGGAUGCGGGAGCGGGGCGCUGCUCGAUGACUUCGGAGUGCUCAUCCAGGCGCUACUGGCUCUGGUCGCCUUCAGCACUUUAAUGCUGAAAAGAUUCCGUGAACCUGCUUCAAUCAGACGACCAUGGAGAAUCUGGUUUUAUGAUACAUCAAAGCAGGCAAUUGGUGCGCUCUUCAUCCAUUUUGCCAACGUCUUCCUGUCCACUCUUACAAUAGAAGACCCCUGCUCUCUGUACCUCAUGAACUUCCUGCUUGAUGCAACACUGGGAAUGCUGGUGAUAUGGGUAGCGGUCAAGGCCGUAUCCAAAGUGGUGGCGUCCAAACAGUUCACGCUGCUCACCUUUGGAGAAUAUGGUGACCCUCCACAAGCAACCGCAUGGGUUGCCCAGUGUGUAGUGUACUUGCUCAUCAUGGUCCUUGAGAAGACUGUAGUCAGUUUGGUUCUGCUCAUUCCAGGAUGGACUGAAGUUCAAAAGGUUCUGCUGGACUACAUUCCCAACCCUCAGCUGGAGCUAGCCCUGGUCAUGCUUAUUGUGCCUUUUUUCGUCAAUGCUAUCAUGUUCUGGGUGGUUGACAGCCUGAUGAUGCGGAAGUAUAACAAGAGCCUGGCAACCAUCAAAGGGUCUUGUGACACUGGGAAACAGGGGGAAUCAUCACCAUUGUCAAGCGAGGAGUCACAGGUGCUGCUGGCAGCUGACCCAGAUGUGGACCUUGAGGCCUCAGAAGGGGAACAAGACAAGCUGAAACCAGGGUCUCCUCACACCCUUCCAGGGGGCAGCAAAAUUCCAGGAUGGGUAACAGCAUAGUUUCCCACCUGGAGCAGUCAAUUGCUGCUGAACAACACUCUGGAGCUUUGAUGAAAGAUGACUCCAUCGAAGCCCAUCACAAAGAUUGUCACCACGCAAAGUCUGGAUGUGCACAGCUGGAGAAUAACUAAUUCAGCCUUUUCUAUUCUUGUUCACUGUUAUACGCCUAUACUUGCUCUGUGGUCAGUUUGUCCUUUUCCUGGGACCCUUUAGAAGUUCUUUUUGGAUUAUUUGUAUUUAUGAGUUCACUGAUGGCUUUAAUGCUACUGGUUCCUAGGCCAGAAGUUUUCUUUUCUUAAUCUCAGUAUGAUGUUGUUCUGUAGGUCUUUGCCAUGUCUGACCGUGUUCCUUAAAAGCAUUAACAGAACUGAAUUUAAACUGAGGAACAUUUUACAUUAGGGAGCCAAAACCAUUCAGCUGUAAGGAAGGUGGGGAACAUCACUUUUCAUCUCUAAUUGCCAAAGCUCUUGGCUGGAAAUACAGCUGCUUUGUUUUCCAGCUGUCUUAGGGUGAAAAUCCCUCCUAGAAUAAACUUAGUGUUCUGUUACAGUGAGAAGAGAUUCACUCCACCUGUUGGUUGGCCCCUUCCAUCUUCCAGGGAAGGAUACUAAAAUAAUUUUUAGGCCAUUUUCCAGACUGUAGUCAGCCAUAAUGUUAGCUCCCCGAUUCGGUUAUUAGGGUAAUGCCACUUAUCUGCACACUUGCAAUAUGCAGCACGAUCUCUUGCUGUAGUUUUCUCAUUCUAAGAUGUGAUGUCAAAACAUGUCAGAUAAUGAGCAUGCUGAACACUAGUUAGUGCCUAGGGGAUGCUGGAGCAUGAAGUUGAUGAGAAAAUGAAAUAAAAUAUUGAGAGCCAAUAGAGGGUUUUUUUGCUAUGUUCAUGCUUUGGCUACCCAAAUAAGAAUGGCUUCUGUUAUCCCUGUAGGAG